GGGGGCCGGGCGGCGGGAAGUCGGUGGCUCAGUCCCCGACAGCUCCGCGCUCUGGGCCGGGUGUGCGGCUGCCGCGCCGCCUGUUGCUCGCGCCUCCGGGCCGCCGCUUCCCGCCCGCGGUCCAGGGGCAGGCGGCCCGAGAGGUGCCACGCACGGGCAGCCUCCCGCCCUCCCGUCCUCGCGCCUGGGGGGACCUCCCUGAACCGGCCCACGGAGCGCGUCCCGAGAGCCCCGCGCCCGGCGCGAUGAACACGACCUUCCUGAACCAGAGCGACCUGGAAGCGGCGGGCGGCGUCCAGGGGAACCGCAGCCACGGCCUGGGCACGUGGCUGGGCUGCUGCCCGGGGGGCGCGCCGCUGGCCGCCAGCGACGGGGUCCCCGCGGGGCUGGCGCCCGACGAGCGCAGCCUGUGGGUGGCGCGCGUGGCGCAGAUCGCCGUGCUCUGCGUGCUGUCGCUCACCGUGCUCUUCGGCGUCUUCUUCCUGGGUUGCAACCUGCUGCUCAAGUCGGAGAGCAUGAUCAACUUUCUGGUGCAGGAGCGCCGGCCCUCCAAGGACGCGGGCGCCGCCAUCCUGGGGCUGUACUGAGCGCCCGGCGCGCCCCUGGGCCACGCGCCUCGGGGGCUGCUCGGACACACGAGCCCCCGGGUCCGCAGCCACGUUCUCCGGCCCGGAGCAUCCCGAGGCUCGAGGGGCGGCGGCCGACAGCCCUGCACGGGCGCCCCAACCCCGGCGACACCGCGCGUCUCGCGGAAAGGGACCUCCUGACCCGGCUCCCCGGUCCAUCGUGCGCUCCA